GCUGUCGGAGAUCUGGAUGCGAAAAAACGGGAGUACAUAGAUGAAGUAUAUCCGUCGGAUAAUCCAACGACUCCGGUCACCGAAGCAGAAUGGAAUUCAAAAUAUGGAAAUGGGUUUGAAUUGACUGGUUCUGCUUCACCCGUAUUCUUUCUUUGGCGGUGGUUGACCCAUUCAUCCUCAUCCAUUCUUGGUAGAUUUGAGCGAACGAGAGGCUUGAUAUUGUCAAUGGCUCUAUAGCGUGUACCAAAGUACCAAAGGCACUGCGAUCGUUGAAUGCAACGUCAACCUCGAGGAGCAAACCACAACGAAGUCUCUGCCAACUACUACUACGACUACAUCUAUUAUAUCAACUUCGAACCAUCAACCACUAAUUUCUCACAAACAUCUUUCAAAGAAGGGUAUUAUGUCGGGACUUCGUCAUGUGUUCAACAAAUGCCUCAAGAUAUUGUCCCCGCCCAUCCGACAGGGCACUUUGAAAACGAAAUAUCCGCAAAAAAAAAAAGGAUUGUUGGGGUGAAAUAUAAAUAUAUGAUAGGACACCCACACUGUCUGGAACCCAUCUACUCACUAAAGAACAGCUAUCCAUCAAGACUGCUUGCUAUACUCUACACUAUUAAGAGCUCAUCACGCACGACUCAUUCACGCCCUCCAAACCCCCACGCACCAGUACAACAAAACUCGAGGAAACCACACACUCAACCUCUCCUUAGCAUAAAAAAAUGGCCAACCAAGACUCCAGUCUCCGCGCCCAUCUCUUUACCCUUCCACUCCGGCGGAAGCGUCACUCCUCACCAACACCACCUCUAACAAGAGAGCACCUACAACAACACCAACUAGAAAUACACCUCAACACCCCAGCACCAACCACCCCCAUUAUACCACCCACUCCCCGCAGGCUAACCCGCCACGACUCCAUGACCCCC